AGAGGGAGAGAGAGAGAGAAUGGUGGUGGGUAGAGAGAGAAAGUGAUAAGAUAGAGGGAGAGAUGUGAAACAGAAGGGUCAGAAAGCAAGACUAGUUCAGACUUUUAGUAUUCUGAUUUCUGAUAUACUUAUUCAAGGCCAGGUAUAUGUCAUUGUUCAUUGCCUCAAAACUGGAAAAACCCAACAAAUUGUUUACUAAUUAUUGUUCACUACUAUAUACAUGGCUUCGGUUAUCAGUUUUUAUUUACUUCCGUGCAAAAAUAAACAUUGUGAACUUUGUCCACAGACUGACAAUGAAGAGGAAGAUGAAGGAGCUAAGAGCAAGGAGAAUGGUGUCAGUUUAUUAACAAAGUUUCAGCUCCCGAAAUAAAAAUCCAACUCAACGCUUAUCAUUCUCUGCAGUCAAGGCUUUAAUCCUAUCAUGGGAUAUUUACGAUUCAGUCCUUUAGCAGAUGCUAUUAUCCAAAUGAUAUCAAGUAGCAGGUAGGGGUUUGUUUUAUUCCUCAAGUGUGGGCAGUUGGUUAUGGGAAAUAUAAAAGUACAGUUUCAUUCGAUCAUGUUGAAGCGUCUGUUACAGAUAUAUUUUGUCGGCACAUAUUCUAGACGUGGACCCGAGAGCAGGUUCUCUGAGGGAGGGCUGACAUCACCAACACAUAAUUACUGACGCAGUUAACCUGAGGAGCCACGGGGACCUCCUGAUUGGAGACAAGAGGACCAGGGCCACGUGGGCCUGGAUAAGAAGAUCUGGAUGGAUAAAUCUCCAGGUUUAAUGUUUUUUUUCUAGGAUUAAUUGCCCCAGCAGCCCGCUUAAUCCCAAAUAAUCCCUGUGAGAGCAGAGCCGAUUGAAUGUUCUGGAUGAAUAUCUUCGUCCUCGUUUCAUAGCUGGUUAAGUGCAACCUUCUCACCUCAAGUCAAGUCAUAUUUUGCUCAUUACUUCCAAAGGAAUUUACUUCUGGGUUCCUUUGUUUAGUUGUGUUGUUUUGGAAUAGUUGUAGAUAAGCAGUGCAAAUUCAGAUCCAAAAUAGCGUUUUUGUUUGUAAUAGGUGAAGCAUUUCUGUCACGUAGUCCAAUUUUGAUAAUAAAGACAAUCACUUUUUAACCCAAAAAACUCAAAAUGAUACAUGUGUUUGAAUAUAGUUUUCCAAAAAUUUUAACAUUUCGUUUUUUGAGGCUAGCGGGCUGAACGUAGGCAAUGUGCCAGGGUGAAAGGGACAUGAUUCAUUGAAGGGAUGAAGAACAGGAGAGUGGUUGUGUAAGGAUUGUUGUGGUGAUAGCAGGGUGUAACGCUUCCAUUUCCUUUUUGGUAAACAGAAGAAAAAACACCUGCUUGUUAUACAUCACUUGUCAUAGCAAUAUGCAAACAAGAGUCCUGGCAAGGAAACGUCACCAACAAGUUGACUAUCAUUAUGUUAAAUGUUUGUCUGCAAAGUUCUAGGUCAAUAGAGAAAAACAAAGAGAUGAAUACCUCUUUCACUCGAUAAGAUAGUCAACACACACGCACACACACGCAAGCACGUAUACACACACACAAACACACAUACAAACACACAUACAAACACACAUUUCCUGUGACGUUUCUAUGUGCUGAAACUGAAAACAGAAGAAUAAUUGUUCCUUUUAGCAGUUGGAUAUUUGAUACAUGUUGCACAAUUAGCAAAAGUAGGCCUUCUAAGUGUUAAGUCACAUUGUUCCAAGAAGUUGUUACUCUUAUGUAAUAGGAUGGUGUUUAACUUACAACUUAGACUUUCCCUUUACCAAUCACGUCCCCAGAUAUACAAACUAAGGGUGUUCAAUCAUAGUGAAAGAAAGUAAUUAAAUACAGAACACAGUUACAGGAUAAUCCAAGAGAACCACAUGGGCCUAGGGAAAAUGUGAUUUAUGUCAAUGCCCUUAAUAGGUGUACCGAGCUGCCCAAAUAUGGUGUUUCCGCUUGUGACGUUUGCGUCAGUGGAAAAAGUGGGUGUCUCCGCGGUUUUCCAGUCGUCGAAUACCCGCCCAUUACCCAGCUGUUAUCAAUGAAAGAAGCGAAACGCUCAUUUUAGGCUAGGUUUAUUCAAGCUGACAAGAAACUCAGACAAAUAAAGAAAAGUACACUUUAGGUUAGAGUGGGCCUUAUUUUCUUUGAUCAGUGUUUGAAAGAGUCAAUCAAACAGUUGACUGACUUUUAAGGACCGUUUUAUUUUGGUUUAUUUUCCAAUUUUCUCAAAAUAGGCCAAUAUAGCUUGCUUUAUAUUUUGCAGGUUUAUUCUAUAUUUCCGUCAUGAUUUCAAACAAUGAGCCGUGGGAAAUAACAGGCAACGAACUGCUUCCAAUUCUCAGAAGUUCGGAGCAGUUUUCUUCUGAGGGCUGCAUGGUGCUUGACUGCAGACCGUUCCUUGCCUUCUCCAAAGCGCACAUACGACAGUCCAGUAAUGUCCACUGGAACUCGCUGCUGCGCCGGCGGUCCAAGAGCUCCGUUGUCUGCCUGGAGUGGUUGAUAGCGGACAAGACGCUUGUCGGAAAGUUACGCCGCGGGGAAUUCUCGCCGGUAGUGGUGGUAGAUGACAACAGCCACCUCAUGGCACAACUGAAGCACGAAAGCCUAGCCAACAUGUUGCUGAGUGCACUAAGAGCAGAGGUCCCGAGAAGCUCUGUGCAGAUAUGUUUCCUAAAAGGUGGAUUUGCGACUUUCGUUGAGGCUUAUCCCGAGCUGUGUUCCACCUCCCCUGGAAGCGGGCCCCCCGCAGCGGAUUCAGAACCCACGGCGCCAGAGCGGAAGACUCCCUCGUAUGAUCAGGAGGGUCCGGUGGAGCUGCUGCCCUUCCUGUUCUUGGGCAGCGCCCUGCACUCGUCUCGCAGGGAGGCGCUGGUGGCGGCGGGCAUCACGGCCGUGCUGAACGUGUCGUCCACCUGCCCCAGCCUGUACGAGGGGGAGCUGCGGUACCUGCGGCUCAACGUGGAGGACAGCCUGCUCACAGACAUCCGGGCCUGCUUCUCACAGGCCAUCGCCUUCAUAGGUGAGCAGCUGGGCUCUGCCCCCCCCUCUGGCAGUGGGGCCUACCUGCUUUCCGAAGCAUACUCUGUGAAGGAGCAGGGAGGCCGUGUGCUGGUGCAUUGCCAGGCGGGAAUCUCCCGCUCCGCCACCAUCUGUCUGGCCUACCUCAUGCACGCCCGCCAAGUGCGCCUGCAGGAGGCCUACGACUUUGUGCAGCAGCGGCGGCGCGUCAUCUCCCCCAACCUGGCCUUCAUGGGCCAGCUGCUGCAGUUUGAGACCGACGUCCUCUGUCGUGGCUGAGGCGAUGGGGGGGCGGGGUGUGUGUGUCCUGUUGGGUUGUACAGAAAUGGUUGAUUUCCAUGCCUGCUUUGUUUUCCCUAAGGGGCUCACGCAGUUGGAAAAGCCGCUUAUGUGGAUGUUGCCACAUAGUAGGUGGACGUGGGGGCCUACUUUUCUCAAGGCCUGUAGCAACCGUUAGAUGACGGAGAACUGCUGAUGAUGUUGGCCUAUUGCAGUGUGAACCGCAUUGAAGUCAUGGGACUCUGAGCCAGAGGGGAAAUUGUUAUAUCUAUAGAAAUUGAGUUCUCUCUCUCUCUCGCUCGCUCCCUCACUCAGAAAAGUUUGUUUGUGUAUGAGUCAUUUUGUUUGGCUUAUGUACCUUACAAGGGCUGUCUUUGUUUAAUGAUGGACACCUGAAGAUGGUCUGAGUUUCUGGGCAAAUGUACGAUUAAACAACUCCACAAGCAAUUGCAUGUUUUUAAUUGUGAGUAUAUUUAUUGUUUUAAUUUAUUUCAAAUCCAAGUGACUAUUUGUGACUGCACUUUAUUCGUCAGAAAUUUGUGCUGUAUAGCCGCCACGUCCCGUCAUAUUAAAGCAUGCUGUGGGUAAAGAAAGA